GUCUUGUUAAAAGCAUGUUGCGGAAAAAUCCAGAACUCAGACCGAGUGCUGCAGAGUUGCUUGGUCAUCCACAUCUUCAACCUCAUAUCCUAAAGAUUCAUAUCAAAUUAAACAACCCUAGACGGAACACUUUUCCAGUUGCUUGGUCUGAUUCCAACUACAUUAAGAAGACCACAUUUAUGGAGCCUGAAGUUGUUCCAUUUUGUACUGUCAGGGAGAAAAGGCGGUCACUCAGCAACAAUAGGACCUUAAAUCCCAGUACAUCUGGAACUGAGCAAGACUCAUCAUGUUCUUCCAAGACUGCACAAAGAUUCCCAAGUUUUUUGGAACAUAAGUUCAGUGAAGUAUCCAUUGGAAGUGUCCAUGACGAGUAUGAUAUUGAGAAGUCAGUAACAACAAAAUUUUCAACGAUUGCCAAAACUCCAAGAUUGACUCCAGUUGAAGCUUCUCCUACUCCUAGGAGACAGAUCACAAUGACCAAGAUUUCUCAUGUUGGCUCGAAACGUGAUUCACUUCCGAUGUCGCAUGCUCCAGCAAGGAACUCUUCUCAGCUUGGAAGGAGAGCAUCUCUUCCAUUAUCCACGAGAGGUGCCGCUUUGCAAACCCCUUACAGAAAUAAUGUAGGUCUCCUUUGCAGUGUGGACUCUCCAGAUGUCUCUGUCAAUGCACCGCUCAUUGACAAGAUUGCUGAAUUUCCCUUGGCCUCUUCUGAAGAUCCUCUCUUUCCUAUUUGCAAAACUUCAUCAACAUCUGCUCAGUGCUCUUCUUCUUCAGCCGACAUUGCUGACUGCUCAAUCACAAAGGACAAGUGCAUGGUGCAGGUUGUCAACAAAGCCUUCUCCAGGCGCAGCUUCUCUGACCAAAGCCAUGGAGAUACACGAAAUGGCAGCAAGUCCUCUGAACACAACGCUACAACUGGUGCAUCCAGCCGGUCAUCUUCUGAGUCACGACAGCGUCGGUUUGACACAUCAUCAUACCAGCAACGUGCGGAGGCGUUAGAGGGGCUUUUGGAGUUCAGUGCACGUCUCUUGCAACAAGAAAGGUUCGAAGAGCUUGGCGUGCUGUUGAAGCCAUUCGGGCCCGAAAAGGUUUCUCCGAGGGAAACUGCAAUUUGGUUGGCUAAAAGUUUCAAGGAGACUGCUGCGUAGUGUAAAGGGAGAUUCCUCAUAGAUAAUAGGCCACUAAAUUAUGUCGUUGCCACUUUGUACUGUGU